GUGAAUUUGCGAGACCUAAAGUUCUUAUUCUAUCAGCAUAGCAAUGGCCCUGCGCGCUGCUUCCUCUGUCCGCGCGACUGCUUCCAGCGGUCGCGCCUCGCGCCGCUGCGCUGUCGUCGUUCGCGCUACCGCUGAGCCCAUCACUGAGAGCAAGAACCUGGAGAUUAUGCGCAAGUUCUCGGAGCAGUACGCCAAGCGCUCCGGCACCUACUUCUGCGUGGACAAGUCGGUGACCGCUGUGGUCAUUCAGGGGCUUGCUGAGCACAAAGACACGCUCGGCGCUGCGCUGUGCCCUUGCCGCCACUACGACGAUAAGGAGGCUGAGGCUGCUCAGGGCUACUGGAACUGCCCCUGCGUGCCCAUGCGCGAGCGCAAGGAGUGCCACUGCAUGCUGUUCCUCACGGAGGACAACGACUUCGCUGGGCGGGAGCAGACGAUCACCAUGGACGAGCUGAAGUCUGGGAUCACCGGCAUGCAAUAAUAGCUGGGCGCGGACGCAGGAGGCUGGGGCGGGCACAGGCGUUUACAGUAGUGCUGUGGCCGUGCCCCGUCUAACGGGUGGUGCCGCGCUCGCCCGGGAGCGCUUUGGCGAGUCGCUCGCACAGAGACCGCAGUUGCUUGACGUCGGCUGCUAGGAUGGAAGUGCGGUGCUGGCGCUCCACCAGGGAGCGCCCGGCAUCGACCAGCUUGGCAGCGGCGGCUUCAAGUGGUGCCACGGAGGCCUGUGGAUGUUUGGGGCACGGUGGUGCACAGAGCAACGGGCGGUCGGUGCAAGGGCCAAUUUUGGUAGCUAGCGCAACCAUGUACUACUUAGGCACACGUGUGACUGUGCGAGUUGUUGAGGAGUCUACCUCGAGUGCGGACGCGGUGGAGUUCAGGGCGCUAGCGUGUUGGUUGGUUAAUAGCGUCGUCUGUUUGAGGUCGGCCAUCAAUCCAUCAUGCGAGCUGCAUAUAUUCUUGUUUAACUGUUUGGGAGUGUGUGAGUGAGUGAGUGAUGUUUAGGAUGCAUGGCACGGGCGAUUGUCGUACAUGUGCCAUGAAGUAAUAAUGGCCGAUGCUGGGCCUGAUGACAACUGAUGCUUCAAGUCGCAGCCAAUGAAGAAUGCAACACGCCCACCAUAUUCGAAUACUACAGUUGUAAGUUCUUCGUUGG